AUGCGCUUGUAUGAAUAUGGGCACAGUAUACGCACAUGUCGCAUAUUUGCACGAGUUGCAACCAAGAAAUGGCCAGCUCAAAAAUUGAGACAAUUGGCAACAGCUGCGCCGCUACAAGUGGAAAAAUAUGAUAUCGCUUGUGGUAUCUCGGGACACAUCACCGUCGAAAUUCGCAAUGGAUUUCUCCUUCGCGAUUCGCCCAAAACACCUCUGGUUAUCUACUUACCACCAUACCCGUCUUCUCCACUUUCAUCAUUUCAUACACCUUCAUGGUUAUUGAAUUCAUAUCCUGUCAUUAACAUACCCUACCGUUGGUCCCAUGACCCUAAAACUUCAUUUCGCAAACAAAGAUCUCACGCGUUUCCCAUACCACUUCAUGAUACACUUCAAGCGUAUAGUUGGCUAUUGAAAAUUUACCUUCCCUCUCUGUUACCGGAGCCUAAACCUCUAGAAUCAACCUAUUUUUACAACAAUCCAAAACCAAUCCAACGACCACUUCUAAUCUAUGGAUCAUACCUUGGCGGUACUCUUGCCACCUCUCUCGCCCUCACAGAAUCGUUUACCUCUUCCUUCUUACCCACUAAGAUCCAUUCUCUCAUAGUGCAUAAUGGAAUCUUUAACUGGACUCCCAUCUCUACCACACCCGACCCCUCAAUCUUCAACUCUGAAUCCGCAGAUUCGUCACCAAAUCUUUCCUACAAUCGCCUCUCAACGUUAGACUUAUACGAAAGUUCUCCUUGGACAACUUUGACCCUCCACGCCCUCAAAACUCGGCUCUUUUCAUCUCCAUCUCAGACUUUCGAUCCCUUCGCUUCACCCAUCCUCUUCUUUCGCAACUCCGGCAUCUCGGUUCCACAAAGAUGGCCCGUUCCUCCCCCCGCUUCCAUUCCACCCACUGAGACAUCUAGUUUUGAAAGUACAGGUUCUAUCGAAGCCGACGACUUCUCCCGCUAUCCUGAUCCCCAGUUUCCACACCCGGAUCUCUCAAACGAGUGCGCAACCGAAGAUGAUGAAGAAGAGCCACAUGAGACCCUCCUCGAAUCCCGAAAAUCAAAUCUUAUCUUCCCACCUGCUAACUCAUCGUUACGGAUACCAAGAUCGUUGUUUACUUACUCUUCUUUUCCGUUUACUGGAGAGAAAGCAUUUGACAUAUCACAAAACAUAUCACAAGAUGAGGGAAAGAUUGGAGAAAAAGAUGAAGGAGAAAAAGGAAACAAUAUCUUCAAACAACAAGCUCAAGAACUAACAAAGUUAAUGAGAAGAAGUGUAGUAUUGCAUGAAUUGAAAGUAAGAGUUCAAUGGGAUGAGGAUUGUGAUGCGGGUGAGAAUGCGAAGGAGAGAGUUACCGAGAUGGAGGUUGGAGAUGCGGGGUGGGAUGGGGCGGUGGAGAGGGAUACGGCAGUUAGGGAGUGGAUUGAUGAAGGGGGGUUGUGA